CGACCCCGUCGCAUGGCCUUUAGGCCGGCGGGUGCCGCGGGCGGGCCAAUCACCACCCGUCAGGGUAGCGCGCCAAAGCAUCCGUUAGUGUUUGUGUGAGUGUCCGAGCGACUUAAUGUGGCGCGGUGUUUUCCUUUACAUAUUUGGAAGAAGAUGCCUAAAUUCAAGAGCAAUGAUCGUGUGAUGGCUCGUUGGCCAGGCUCGUCCCUGUGGUUUGAAGGAACGGUUAUCGACUUGAAUGAUAUUGCAUACCAGAUACGCUUCAAUGAUCCUGGCCAAUCUGAAUUUGUAAUCAAAUACAAGGAUGUUAAAACUGCUGCAAAUUUCAGGACACGUUCUAAGAGUCGUGGAAGAUCGGAAAGCCGAGGGAGAACCGGCAGAAGAAAAAGUCCCGGUCGUCGGUCUGCACCAAUAUCUGAGCCAGAACCAGUCAAAGUUGCCAAACCCAAGGUGGAGGUGAAGAAGGUCACCGAGUCUGUAGUGGAGCACAGAAAUGACAUUUUUGAGUCGGUAACCUUUUCGCGUCUCUCCCGAGCGGAUCUGGCAUCUCUGCGCACAUCCACGCCCACAAGACAAUCUUUGCGCACUGCUUACAUGAAUGAAAAGAUUGAAUAUGACGGUCAAUUUAACAAUGUGGAGGCAUUCAACACCAGCAAGAAGCUAGAACCAGCACCAGUACCAACAGCAGCAUCAGCACCAACAGCAGCAUCAGUGUCAGUAUCGGCACCAGUACCCAAAAGCCUCGGCACUCAUUCCGACUUGCCCCACAGUAGAGGCUCGGGCGUCAAGUCUGGCAUCAUUGCUCUCGUCCCAUCCCUUGCCACUGUCAGAGCUUUCAUCUUGACUAUUGUUGUGAUUGUCCUGCCGGUUAUCCACACCGAGAUGUGUACGAAGAGCAAAUGCACAGUUAUGGAGUUCCCUGCCAUUCCCCGCAAGCUUCAGCUGUACUACGACCCAUUGGCCGUUGCAAUCGUCGCUGGGUUCCUGGUAGCCCAGCUUCUGUUGUACCUCAUUCCCCUUGGAAAAGUUGUGAAAACCCGAAGUGGAACGACCGUACGUUGCAAUGGGUUAAUUGCUUUGCUUGUGACUAUAGCAGUAGUACCCACCGCCGUGUACUUUGGCUACGAUGUACUGCAAGUGUAUUCCAAGUAUCGUCAGCUUCUGGCCACUUGCAUAGUGCUGGGGGUGGUCCUAUCUCUCGCCAUGUACGUGAGAGCUAAAUUCAUCCCCGACGAUGCCAAAAACCCUGUGGGAAAUUCAGGGUCAUUCUUUCCUGAUUUCCUCACGGGCUGUGAAGUCAAUCCCGUUGUUAAAUCAGUAGACCUGAAGUUCUUCUUAGUAAGAGCAAUGCAUCUUGCUUGGAUCGUGAUUAAUAUGAUAGUGGUGGUGAAGGACUUACAAGCCAAGCCAGGUGUAUACAGCCCGACACUUUUGCUGGCAUGUGCACUGCAGAUCUUCUUUGCAAUGGAUUUUGUCUGGUUUGGAGAGACCUAUCUUACGACAUAUGAUUAUAUGCGGCAGGGGUGCGGCCUCUUCUUCAUCGUUCUCAACUUGACGAUGCCGUUCAUGCUUCCCAUCUUCACCAGGCUGGUCCUGAACCACAGGACUGAAUUUGAGUGGUACUACCUGGCCAUGAUUGCUACUCUGUAUUUAGUGGGCUACACCAUCGUUCGUGGCUCCGAUUCCCAGAAGCAUGCAUUCCGCACCAAUCCAUCGAACCCAGCCUUAGCCCAUUUGGAGAGUGUUCCCACCGCGGCAGGAACGAGGCUUCUGGUGUCGGGAUGGUGGGGAGUGGCGAGACAUCCCAACUAUCUGGGAAACAUCCUAAUAUUUAUCGCUUUUGCUGCUCUCUGCGGUUUCACCUAUGCUUUGCCUUGGAUAUUGGUGGGUCUCGACACACUGUUUCUGGUGGGGCGAGUCUACGAAGUGGAGAGCGCGUGUAAAAAGAAGUAUGGCCGAGCCUGGGAUAGCUAUACCGAUCGCGUCAAGUACCGUCUGAUACCAAAGGUCUUCUAGUGUGCGCGAGACUGCCAGAUUUGGUCUCCGGGUUGACUCGUGUUGUAAGUACAAUAUGGUUACAUGAAAUACAAAUAAAAAAUACAGAACAGUGUUAAAAUGUAAACUAUCCACAUGACCGUUUGCUAAAUAUUGUUAGUUAUUCUCUAGUGUAUCAAUUUGACGGUUAAUUCUCUCUGCCUUCAGAAGAGAAGCAGUUAAGUCUCUUCAGUAUGAAUGUAAUUCUUACUGAAGGACAUAUUUUUUAACGAAGGUACUAUAUACUUCUUAAAAUUUUGAGUGAAAAAUUCGAGUUAUUUUUAAUAACUUAUAUAUAUUUUAUAUAUAUAUAUAACUUAUUAUAUUUUGUCCCCUUUUCAUAGCAUGACCUAAGUAAGAGUACAAUGUGUGUGCGUGUGUGUGUGUGUAAUGCUAUGCAUUUAAGGCAUUGUAAAAUAGAUACGUUUACGUAUGGGUUACGUGCGUGUGCGUCUUGGUCAUGAGUGAUAGGUGAUCAUUUUAUUGUCUUGACAAAUUGCCGCCCAUACACACACAUGCGUUAAUCAGUUACACGUGGCAAAUUUUGACUCAUUAUUGCAUUUACUGGUGCAUAUAUAGCACCAUUUAAAUCCUAUUUUGACCACCGACAUUUAUUUUGUGAAUCUAAAACGUUUUUCACUUUAUAAUUACAAUUAUAAUUACAAUCGUAAUAAUUUUGAUUAUUAAAUUAAUUAAUUAAAUAAUUACAAUUAUUAGUGCAUACAUCACAGUAAUUGUUCAUUGUUAUAAUUACAAUCAUAAAAUAAAAGCUAUUUCUGCAUUUACAUGCAUAAAUAUCUUGCCUUUCAUCACUGUGUUCAGGCGAUAAGACACAAUAACAUGGCUAAAGUAUGUUGACCAGACCACACACUAGAAGGUGAAGAGACGACGACGUUUCGAUCCGUCCUGGACCAUUCUCAAGUCGAUUGAGAAUGGUCCAGGACGGACCGAAACGUGGUCGUCCCUUCACCUUCUAGUGUGUGGUCUGGUCAACUCUCUGUGUUCACAGAGGGUAAGGGUAUGGGAGAGUUUAUUCUCUUUGAUUACCACAUGUGUUUGUCAACCUUGAGAAGAUGUUGUGCUGAGGACCAGGAUUCUCCAAGCAGGUAAUUGUCCACUUAAGAGACCUGGGGUCAGAUGCACAAAUCGGUUACGCAAGCACUUACGAACCUGUACAUCUUUUCUCAAUGUUUGGCGGCUUCGUUUACAAUUAUUUAAAGAGUUAAUGAGCUCCGAAGCACCAGGAGGCUGUUUAUAACAAUAACAACAGUUGAUUGGGAAGUUUUCACGCUUGUAAACUGUUUAAUAAAUGUAACCAAAGCCGUCAAAGUUUGAGGAAAGAUAUGCACGUUUGUAAGUAAUUGAGUAAUUGCUGUGUGAAUCUGACCCCCCUGUAUGUCUUUCUUGAUCAUGGUGCCAUAGUUUACACUCGUACAGUUUAUGAGCUCCGGAGCAGUAUGGGAGGGUCUGUAUCGAUAAUAACCCCUGGCUUGUCGAGGUUCGAAG